AUGGCUUCACUCUAUGGAAGCACGAACGCAAGGUGGAAACAUUUAUAUAAGGCACUGAGCAAGCCAGGACCAUUCAGUGACGAAGACUGGGUACCAGGGCCGGAAACAAUUGACGCCCUUGAAACAUCGAAGAUUCUUGUCAUUGGAGCUGGAGGCUUAGGCUGCGAGAUAUUGAAAAACCUCGCGUUAUCUGGUUUCAAGGAUAUCCAUGUUAUUGACAUGGAUACAAUCGACAUCUCCAACCUCAACCGCCAGUUCUUGUUCCGUCAAUCAGACGUUGGAAAGCCCAAAGCUGAAGUUGCGGCAGCAUUUGUUCAGAAAAGAGUCAAAGGUGUUAAUAUUACCCCGUAUGUGGGAAAAAUACAGGAUAAAGAUGAGGACUAUUACAUGCAGUUCAAACUCGUUGUCUGCGGGCUGGAUAGUAUAGAGGCUCGUCGAUGGAUCAACUCAACACUUGUUGGCAUGGUUGACCCAGAGAAUCCAGAAAGCUUAAAACCACUGAUAGAUGGUGGUACUGAAGGUUUCAAGGGACAAGCUCGCGUUAUUUUACCAACGCUCACAUCAUGCAUUGAAUGUCAGCUAGAUAUGCAUGCCCCUAGAGCGGCUGUUCCUCUAUGUACAAUCGCGACCAUUCCCCGACAACCGCAACAUUGUAUUGAAUGGGCCCAUCAAAUUGCGUGGCAAGAAAAGCGGAAAGAUGAACCAUUCGAUAGUGAUGACCUCGAUCACAUCUCCUGGAUUUAUCAGCAUGCACUCGAACGAGCUAAGCAAUUCUCCAUCCCCGGAGUUACGUUUCAGCUGACACAGGGUGUCGUGAAAAACAUUAUCCCCGCCAUUGCUUCAACCAAUGCUGUUAUUGCUGCAUCAACAACCUCCGAAGCCUUGAAGAUUGCAACAUCAUGUAACCCAUACUUGGAAAAUUAUAUGAUGUACGCUGGCGAAGAGGGUGUAUACACAUACACUUUUACCGCAGAACAAAAGCCCGACUGCCCUGUGUGCGGUAACCUAGCACGGACAAUUCACGUUAAUUCCGAAACCACCCUGGAAGAAUUCAUAGAAAGUUUGGGCGAGCGAGCAGAGGCGCAGCUUAAAAAACCCAGCUUGAGGUCAGAAGAGAAGACCCUGUAUCAACGAUUUCCGCCACAGUUGGAAGAAGUAACACGGCCGAAUUUGCAGUUGAAAUUGAAGGAUCUCAUUUCCGAUGGGCAGGAGAUUGCCGUCAGCGACCCUGCAUUUACCAUUGACUUCCGAUACAAGCUCGUUUUCGCAUAG